GCAUUGCAUGAGAAGAGCAGCAAGGGAAAAGGCCUGUUGCUCUGGCAGGGAACCCGAGCGACUCCAGAGCACCAGGGACGGCAGAGGCUGAGACGAGACCGCGGAGCUUGGUCCAGUCACUGGGCCGAGAAAGACUGGUGGGAGAAGGACAGAGAAGCAGCUCAGGAGCGGACACGGAGGAAGCCUCCCAAGACUCGGAAAGCCAGCCGAGGGGCUAACGGGGUGUGUCGGCCUCUGAAGGCGGGACAGGGAGCUGAGCGUCCAGCAGCCCAGCCGGUUGCAGGAUGCCAUCUGACGUGACAGAUGCACCCGACGAGUCCGAGGGCCUCUCCUACGAAGACGUGGCAGAGGAGGAGGAGGAGGAGGACAAUGUCAGCCCCACGGACCUGUCGGAGCUGCUCAAAGAAGGGACCAAGGAGUCGCACGACCGGGCCGAGAACACCCAGUUUGUGAAAGAUUUCCUGAAAGGGCGCAUCAAGAGGGAGCUCUUCAAGCUGGGCACGGCAGCCCUCUAUUUCACCUACUCGGCCUUGGAGGAGGAGAUGGAGCGCAACAAGGACGAGCCGGUCUUCACCCCGCUGUACUUCCCCCUGGAGCUGCACCGGAAGGAGGCCCUGGAGAAGGACCUGGCGUAUUUCUACGGCGAGGACUGGCCGGAGAAGGUCCAGUGCUCAGAGGCCACCCGGCGCUACGUGGACCGGAUCCGCCACGUCGGGCAGCACGAGCCCGAGCUCCUGGUGGCUCACGCCUACACUCGCUACAUGGGAGACCUCUCGGGGGGCCAGGUGCUGAAGAAGGUGGCCCAGAGGGCCCUGAAGCUGCCCAGCACCGGCCAGGGGGUCCACUUCUACUCCUUUGAGAACAUUUCCAGCGCCCAGCAGUUCAAGCAACUCUACCGGGCCCGACUCAACGCCCUGGAUCUGGACAAGGGGACCAAGGAGCGGAUCGUCCAGGAGGCCAACAAGGCCUUCGAGUUCAAUAUGCAGGUUUUCGAAGAACUGGACAAGAUUGGGGCGCUGUUGACCGAAGAGGCCCAAGAGGGGGCCCUCCCUAUCCACGAUGGGAAAGGAGACCCCAAGAAGUGCCCCUAUUACGCUGCGAAGCUCGCUGGCGCCCAGAGUUCCGUGUGCCCCUGGCAUCUGGCGGCGGCUGCUCUGAAGCAACCCUCCCUCCAGCUGGUUCUGGCCGCCUGCAUCGCCCUGGCCGCCGGCGUUGCCGCCUGGUACGUGCUGUGAGCGCUGAGGGGGUGCUGUCUGUUGCCGCUGGGAGGUGGAAGGCAGCUGCGAGGCCUCCUUGGCAGGACUGCUUCCCCCCCUCCCCCCCACCUCUGCAAUAACAUGACUGGUGGAAGUCUAAUGCCAGAUUUAAUGGAGGAACCAUUAAACCCAACAACUGAAUGCCUGGCUGUGUACAGGGUAUGUUCCCAAUGGCUAACUAGGAGGAGGGAGCUGGAGGGCUCAGCACCCCUGGGGAUGGCUUGCCAGGAUGUGCCCUCCUGGCUUGGAUACCAAAGCCCUUUGGCCUUUGUGUACAGGGGAGGGGAGACGCUUGUUGCAGCCGUGAAGGGGGUGGGCGGCCUCCUCUGGCUUUCCCUCUGCUUGUGCUGCUCUCUUCUUUUGUGCUGUUCCAGGUACAGAAAACGGUUAAUAGCUAACAUUCAGUUACUGGGGAUGCUUAUGGGGGUGGGGUGGGGGCGAUUGACUUGUGUAUAUAUGGGAAAUGCUAACCGCUUCAUUUUCAUGUAAGUUAUGGACGGCAGCCAUGGCUCUGGCAUAAUAAAGUUUAUACUUCUCCGUC